CAAAGCCAGAGCCCAGUCUUAGCUUCUCAAGUUGGGAGUCUCCAGUACCGAACAGGGAUUACGCAGGUCGUCGGCUAUCGCUAGUUCCUUCUCUUCCUGCGUUUGCACACGCGAAAACUCAAAACCACUUGCAAUACAAACUCACUUGUGAAUUUACAAUAUCGCAAUUACUGGAACGAAUCCUGCAUCUUGGUUUAUAGACAGAGAGAUUAACUUUUGUGAUCUGAAAAACAGCGCCGUUGCUGUAGCAGAAGGAGAACAAGCAAAAACUGUGCGGAGAAGGAAGAAGAUGAAGCAGUGCGUCAUCUUCUUCUUAUCCUUCUUUUGUUGAUUCAUGGCCUCCUCUCAGCACCGUUGCGUUUUUGUUGGUAAUAUUCCGUAUGAUGUAACGGAGGAGAAACUCAUAGAAAUCUGCAAGGAGGUUGGGCCGGUUGUGUCAUUCAGAUUAGUUAUAGAUAGAGAAACUGGGAAACCAAAAGGCUAUGGGUUCUGUGAAUAUAAAGACGAAGAGACAGCUCUAAGUGCUCGUCGUAAUCUUCAGGGUUAUGAAAUCAAUGGGAGACAAUUACGUGUUGAUUUUGCAGAAAAUGAUAAAGGUGCUGACAGGAACCGAGAGCAGGGUCGGGGUGGAGUCGGUGGACCAGGGCUGGCUGCAAAUGUUGCUCAAAAACAGUUGGGGGGUCUAGGAAUCCAUGGAGAGUCUGUUCAGCAUCAACCUAUUGGACUCCAUAUAGCUAUAACUGCUGCAAGUGCAAUGGCUGGAGCUUUAGGUGGUGCUCAAAUUGCUGGUCAGUCAAAUCAAAGUGGUCUCCAGAGCCAGUCUCUACCAGCAAAUGAUCCCUUAACUCUUCAUCUGGCCAGCAUGUCACGGGUUCAACUGAAUGAACUUAUGUCUGACCUGAAGGUGAUGGCUACACAGAACAAGGAACAAGCUCGCCAGCUAUUGCUCUCAAGACCGCAGUUGGCAAAAGCUCUUUUUCAGGCACAGAUAAUGCUGGGAAUGGCGACCCCUGAAGUGUUGCAGACGCCAAAUCUUCGACAGCCACCAAUCCAACCUGCAAAUCCCUCAAUUCUAGAGGGGCAGCGGGGUCUUCAGCCUACAGGUGAAAGUCUUCCUGAAAUGAUCCUCCGUGUACCUAUGAUGCAAUCUGUGAUGAUACCCAAUUUUCCAGAAGGCCAAGUGUCUGCUUUGCCCCAAGCCUCAUUGGUUCAUAACCAAUUUUCUGGUCCCCCUCAAACUCUUGGGCAGCCACAACAUGCCAAUAUCAAUGUUGUAAAACAGGGCUCAUUUCAAUCAGUUCCUUUUGCACAUGCAAAUGUUAGACCACAGAUUCAGACAGCAAGUUCUUACCUGAACCAACAAAUGCAACCUCCAUUGCCACAGCACGCCGGACAGCUUGGUGCUGCAAAUUUGGUGAAGUCAAAUCGAACAAUUCUUUCAAAUGCAGCUGUACAGCCUUCACUUUUGCUUCAUCCUCCCUCGUCAAAGGCUACUGACUUUCAGCCUGGCCCCUCACUGCCAUCAGGCAUUUCAGAUUCAGCUAACAAGGUUGCUGAUAAAACUGCUGGCGUUGCCAAUGAUCCAACUUGGAGCAGUAGAAGCAAUGCAUAUCCAAAUGUACGUAUGGGGUUAGCAGAGAAAAGAAUUUUUGGUGAUGCCUCAGAAGCUAGUAAUCAGCCAUCAAAAUUGAUUAAACUAGAAGAUGGCAGGGGUGCCUCUUCCUCUAUAGGCGGUUUGGAUGUUCCAAGUGCUAUCAGAUAUGUACCAUCACAAGCAAUAGCAGUUGCUCCAGUGCAUGCUAAUCCAGUUAUUAAAGCAGAAAAUGUGCCAUAUUCUGGAAAACAGACUUCUCAGUUGCAGGUUCCUACUGACGUGGAGUCGGCCUUACUGCAGCAGGUGAUGAACCUGACACCAGAGCAGUUAAAUUUAUUGCCUGCUGAACAGCGGCAGCAGGUGAUUCAACUCCAACAGGCACUUCGUCGAGAGCAGAUGCAGUCAUUAUAGCAGGCAGGGUGGCAUGUUAUGCUUGCCUUGCAACACAGCUUUGGUUGUUGGGACUGGCUCCAGUGUAUGCAAGAAGAAGGUUCAUCAAUUGAUUCAAUCAUUAUUUAUAAUGGCUUGUAAAAUUCUUUUUCGCAGGUGAUCCUCGCUUGGAUCUGAAAUGCAUGAGUUUUGUGUCAUCACUGUAACGUUUUUCAGCAUAUAUAGUAAAGAUUAAAGAAUCAGUGAGAAGAAAAGAAGUUACUGAUCUCUUGCAGAGUUGAAACAUCUUUCUUUCCCCAAUACUUUGGAUAUUUUACUUUUGUUUCCGCUCUCUUUGUUAGCAGAAUGUCUAAGAAUAGCCGAGGUAUUUUACCCCUCCGGGCAAUUUGUUCAUCAAGAAAGGAUGUUACUGUCAUUACUCAUUUCAGAGUAGAUGUAAAGGCGUACACGCAUUUAACUCUC